CUUGUAGGGAACGAAAAGGGUGAACUCCAUUUUCAUAUAUUUAGUUUUUUUGUUAAAUAUGUUAAUUUGGUGAUAAUUCCCAGCUUGUGCAUUCUGCCAGUGCAUAAAUAAAGCCACAGAUGCUAAGCACUCUGGAACUCAAUUCCUUCGGUUUUUCCUAUUCUCAUCUCAUCCGUAUCUUCACUCUUGUUUGAAUACUUGCGUAGUUGUUUCUCACGCUCUUGGCAGCUCGCAAGCUGCCACCUUUGUUUUUGGAUAAAGCGAGAGAGAGUGAGAGAGCAUAUAACGUUUAAAGAUCCCAAGUAUUCGAAUACUCAAAUUACAGAUAAGAUAAAGAUAUCAGCUUUUCCCUUUGGUUUUGCUCUUCAAAGUAGAAACCAUUUUUCAGUGGGUUGGCUGUGUUGGGUUCAGUUGAACAUAACAGAGGUUUUAACUCUAAAACAAGGCAAGGAAACGGAAAAUGAAGUACGUGUUGGUGACGGGUGGAGUAGUUAGUGGUCUAGGGAAAGGGGUCACAGCAAGUAGUAUUGGUCUGCUUCUCAAGUCAUGCGGACUUCGCGUUACUUCCAUCAAAAUUGAUCCUUAUUUGAACACCGAUGCUGGAACAAUGUCCCCUUUAGAGCACGGGGAAGUUUUUGUGCUAGACGAUGGUGGUGAGGUGGAUCUGGACCUUGGAAAUUAUGAGCGGUUCCUCAAUAUCAGGUUGACACGCAAUAAUAAUAUCACCACUGGAAAGAUUUACCAGUCUGUUAUUGAUAAGGAGAGAAGGGGAGAUUAUCUGGGGAAAACUGUGCAGGUUGUCCCUCACAUCACAGAUGCCAUUCAGGAGUGGAUUGAGCGUGUGGCAAUGAUACCAGUGGAUGGGAAGGCAGGUCCAGCCGAUGUUUGUGUGAUAGAAUUGGGUGGAACUAUAGGAGACAUUGAAUCCAUGCCAUUUAUUGAGGCAUUAGGUCAAUUCUCAUACCGUGUAGGGGCUGGAAACUUCUGCUUGAUUCAUGUCAGCCUUGUGCCCGUUCUAAAUGUUGUUGGUGAACAGAAAACAAAGCCAACCCAGCACAGUGUUCGGGGACUAAGAGGCCUGGGCUUGGCACCACAUAUCUUAGCUUGUCGCAGUACAACGGCACUUGAGCAGCAUGUAAAAGUGAAACUCUCUCAGUUUUGCCAUGUUGCGGAGGAAAACAUCAUUACUCUCUAUGAUGUACCCAACAUCUGGCAUAUUCCUUUGCUUUUAAGAGAUCAGAAGGUCCAUGAAGCAAUCUUCAAAGUGCUGAACCUUCUGGGUGUAUCUAGGGAGCCUGCACUAGAGGAAUGGACUUGUAGGGCUGAGAUCUGCGAUAACUUGCAUGAGCCGGUCCAUAUUGCCGUGGUUGGGAAGUACACAUGCCUUCCCGAUUCCUACCUCUCUAUAUUGAAGGCCCUUGUUCAUGCUUCUGUUUUCCAUCGCAAGAAACUCUUUGUAGAUUGGGUUCCAUCUGCUGACCUUGAAGAUGCAACUGCGAAGGAGAAUCCAGAUGCUUAUAAAGCUGCUUGGAAGUUGUUGAAGGGGGCGGAUGGUGUCCUUGUUCCAGGAGGAUUUGGUGACAGAGGAGUGCAAGGGAAAAUUCUUGCAGCAAAGUAUGCCCGGGAAAACAAAGUUCCAUUUCUUGGCAUUUGUCUCGGAAUGCAAAUUGCUGUCAUUGAAUUUGCACGAUCGGUUCUUGGUCUGCAAGAUGCUAACAGCACUGAAUUUGAUGCCAAUACCAGGAAUCCCUGCAUUAUAUUUAUGCCUGAGGGCUCAAAAACACACAUGGGAGGCACCAUGCGUCUCGGAUCAAGGAGGACGUAUUUCCAGGUUAUGGACUGCAAAUCUGCAAAACUAUAUGGAAGUAGAAGCUUCAUUGAUGAGAGACAUCGACAUAGAUAUGAGGUCAAUCCAGAUAUGGUAGCACGCCUUGAAAAAGCUGGCCUCUCUUUUGCUGGCAAAGAUGAAACUGGUUGUCGCAUGGAGAUUAUCGAGCUACCUCAUCAUCCAUACUUUAUUGGUGUGCAAUUCCAUCCUGAAUUUAAAUCAAGGCCAGAAAAACCUUCUCCUUUAUUUUUAGGACUCAUAGAAGCAGCAUGCAGGGAGUCGGAUGCUGUCUUACAAGGAUAUGGGAGCCAAAGGAAUGUUCCCAAUGGAGUAGGAAAUGAUACCUCAAAAUGCAAAGUGUACCAAAAUGGAAGUGCGACUAAGCACACUAUCAUGUUGCAUGAUGGUGUUUUUAGCAAUGGCAAUGGGAUCUUCUUGUGAAGGUUGUUAGUGCCUUAUCUUAUAUGACCCCUUUUUUUGUGGUCUAGUUGAUGGGUUUUUCCGGGGGCUUCUAGGUGGGAUUUUAGGUUUGGUCUGUACAGUUAUGUUGGUAUUGGUAGAUAUAGGAAUCUGAAGGACUCAGAACAGAGUUGGAUCCCGGUCUUUUAAACGGGAUUGCUUGUUAAAUACCGUUGUAUUGCAAUGAGAAGAUAUUGAGGUUUGCCUAUA